AUGGAUGCGCACCUUCAGCAAGUCAACAUGUUGCUGCUCGAGCAAAAGACCGUCUUGAUGGAACAGGAGAAGGAACACCAGCAUGCUAUACUACAACGUAGAAGCGUGGCCAAGUGGGAGCGUUCCCAGAAAAGUCUCAUGCAACUCGAAGAGGCUCAAGACCCGCAGAAAGUGUUGACCCCUCGUAUGAGCUUCGAACAGCAGUUGACAGAUGGGAUGCUCAGGCAGCUCUUAGAAAAGGUUUUCAGUGCUGCGGAUGAAGAGAAUGCAGGCAAGCAAACGAGAGCCGCCUACAGCAUCGUGAGGUUGCAGCGUUACUUUUUGCUUGUCCGUUGGGCCUCACAAGGUGGGAAUUUGUCCAACUUCUUGCCGGCGCUCAAGAAGAUUCUGAGGGCUGGAUUGAAUAUGCGCCGUUUCUGGAGAAGGGAGAAAGCACGACAACGGUCAGGCCUCAAGCCCUCAAACCUUCUCUAUGAGCAAAAUAAGGAAGGGUAUCGUUCUCGCCGCAUCUUACUGAGCAUUAUUUUGGGUAAUGUGAAGUCUCUGCAGCAGCGUGAAGCGGAAAGCAACAGCAGAUGCGAUGAUGCUCCUGUUUCAAUGACUCGAGAGCUGAUUGAAGGGAUGGGAAAUCACGUGACCUCAACAGGUUUACUGAAACGACAAGAGCUGUAUGCGGCUAUGCAGCGCACUGACAAGCAAGACAUGGCUUUCGUCAUGCAAACAAUUCCAGGAAAUGACUUGGGAGAAGUGGAAUACGAAGCCGUACCAACCCUCCUUCAGAUCCUCCGGAAAGAAAGUAUUAACAACGCCGUUCUUGAAGUCGACCCUGAUGCGAUAGAAGCCGAGCUCACUAGGACUGCAAGAGAAGUGCUUCUCUGUUUGUCUUCUAUGAAUCGUCAAGGCCAAGCUGUCUGGGAAGAAUUUGUUAUGGUUGUUCAACGCGUUUUGCCACCCCUGUUUGACAGUGACUUCUUGAUGGAUACAGCUGACCAGAUUAGCAAGAUGGUGGCUGACGCCGAGGCGCAAGCAGAAUUUGAGGAGCUGCGUGGACUUUCAGUCCGAGAUUCUAAGCAGAAACAACGAGCGAGCCUUGCAGCGCGCCGUCGCAGCAAGCUAAAACCUGUUUCGCACGCUCAGCUGCAGUUUACGCCUGACGACGGAGACCAGGGGGAGUCUCCAGACCGUGAGAGCGUAGAGAAAACGCUUGUGCACCUAUUCACGGUGCUUGACGACCGACGGAAGGGCUCAGUGCCAGCUCAGGUUUUUGUAGGAGUUAUGCACUAUUGGUCAGCGCGAAACGGGACUAGCUCUGCAUCAACUGAGUCAGGCGCCCCACUGCCUUUGAAUUCUGUGAGUUCGUUAAGCGGGGGUGCUGCUUUGGCGGCGGAACGACGAUAUGCGGACAUAGUAAUGAGCUGUAGACUGACCCAGGCCGAAGUCACAGGGUUUGUUGCAGAAGCAAAGGUCGACCCACUAGUUCAAGAAAUCAGCUAUACUGAGCAUAUAAAAGCUUGGAUUGCGACGAUCUUCGAAAUCAGGAGAUCGCAUUUCUGGUAUAGUGUUUGUCACAACUCAUUUGAUGACAGCACAGCGCUGACGUAA